UUCAAAUCACCUGGUCCACAUCCAAACAGAUAACUAUUGCACAAACUGUAUUUCAUUUUAGAUGCUAAGUGGAGUACAUGUUCAUCUUCCUCCUGUAGGUUGCUGUCCCAUUUUGGCAUCCAUCUGUCCAUUUCACGUUAUUGAACGACAAUGCUGGAAGAGCUCCAGUUGUUUCCAGCAAACACAAACUGCCACUGCUUUCCUGGUAUAGCAGUCCCCCCUUUUCCCAACAAAGGAGGAUGGUGGGAAGUAAAGUGGUGUGUGUUUGUGUGUGUCUGUGUCUGUGAGUGCGUGUGUGUGCCAUGAAAAAUACUGGCAGCAUUGUGAUUUUGUUUUCCCCGUCUGAUAUUGUUACAUACAUCCUGGCACAUUUUGAUUACACUUUUAUAAGCCAUCAUUGAGGACAAUAUCAGUUAAGACCAGCAUUGCGCUUGAGCUUUCACAGCUUCACUGUAACAGACCACAACACCCACAAUAACAGCAGAUACCUGGGAUGUACCAGUUCUUAGCACAAUGAGACAAUUCUGAUAAUAUUUUAAAUAAAAAGCAUAUAUAAUGUUUUGUCUCCAAAGGACUGUAAUUCCACUAAUCUGCUUUUUCAGUUUGAAUUUGGCGCCCCCUACUGGAAUAAUACUACAUACACGAGGUUUGUAGUCUUGGCUGCUUGAGCAAUUUUGAUCAUAAAUGAGGAAGGUCCACAGAAUUGUCUUACUUCUUAUGUCAGAGCCAGAGUGGUUUGCUUUAACUGUGUUCCUGACAGAAAGCAGGUUAGCUCCUGUAAAUGAGAUAGAUAGAUAGAUAGAUAGAUAGAUAGAUAGAUAGAUAGAUAGAUAGAUAGAUAGAUAGACAGAUACUCUGUACAUGCACACGUAUUUCAGAGGACAAGCCUGAUGCAUGUCAAAGACUUCCUCAGGAGAGAAGCAAAACUCAAACUGUUGGUCAGUUUGAAUGAUGGUAUAGUAAACCCCUCUGCAUUUGUUGAGCUUUUCUGGACCUAUCAAAAUCUCUUUUAAUAGAUUGACAUUUUCAUAUAUUUAUAUUUAUAUGUAGCCCUCUCUCCUCCUGUGGUCUUCCCUUCUCUUCUGCUUUUCUUCUACCUUUCUUAUCCUUUUCUUGUCUCUCUUCUUUUAACAAUUCAUAAUAUAUAAUCAUAAAAUUCUAAUUUUCUUUAAACUUUGCAAAAACUAUCACAAUCAACAGUCACAUAGUCUUAUUACACUUUUUAAUAAAUUUGAAAGUAUCACAGAAAUAUUGUCUGACAUUGAUUAUACCUACCCACAGCUGUUGAACAACCACAGCAAUUAGUAUUUUGAACACUGGUGAGUGAUUGGCUGUCAAAGCAUAAGAAUAUUGUGUGUGUGGUAGUCAGGAGUUAGGUGUGUGUGUGUAUAGAGGGGAUUAUGCCUUGGUUUCCGUUUCACCUUUGGCACUGCCCAUAAAGAUAAUAUUGUAGUCACAUCCAUCCAUUUCAUACACAUUGUUAGUAUUUGUGAGUAUACUAUAAACAACACACAAUACACUCAUUUCAUAAGAGUAACUUAAAAUUGCAUUGCUGUAUAAAGAGGAAUGUAGGCCUAUUCUCUAAUACGAUUUAUGUAAAUCUCUGACAAAACCAAAUUGCAUAACUUUUCCCCCAAAAGCUUCUUUGUCUCCACUUCAUUGUUUUCCCAGUAAAGGCCAUGCGUGCCUCAGACCAGCUGUAAUUUGAUUAAUCCACCAAAAGGGUAGCCAGACGCAAUCCUGUGGAUUCUGUAGGGAGGGGAAAAGACCAGCAUUUGAAGAGAUGGAGACCUUAGUCUUUCUGUUUUCAUUUACUGCUCUUGGUAUUCUUUAUGCCAUGAACACCAUUCCUGAGUUUCAAGAGCCCUAUGUGAUCUUGGAGAUUGGUGUUGCUGUGUUGGUGAUUGUUUUUCUGUUUUACUUCCUCAUCACUCGUGGCAACCCACCUAAAGACGCCUUAUUCUUUGUUUUUGCUGAAUUUUCCUUUACUUGUGUGAUUGACCUGACAAGCGCUUUGGAGUAUGAUGGCAUUAUCUCCGGCUUUAUGGAAUUCUACCAAAAGACAGGAGAGCCCUAUCUGGGAACAGCCUAUGCUAUCAUGAUGUGUUACUGGGAUGGGAUAGCACACUUUAUCAUGUACCUGGUGAUGAUCAGCAGGAUAACAGACAGGAAAGCCUACCGUACCUUAGGUUUGUUCUGGGCAGGCUCUCUGUGUGCCAACAUGAGUGUGUUUAUUGCUGGGAUAGUGACAGGGAAAUAUGGAUCAGAGAUCCAACCAGCCUUCUGGCUCAACUUUCUCUUCCUUCUGAUGCCUGUAUGGGGAGCUAUCACGUUAUUCACUAAGCCUAAGGACAGACCAUUGAUCGGUGGAUACAAUGCCCAGCACGCUCAGAGCAUGAAACUGAUCUGGCGUCCCUUGGAUUUGAUCCUGGUGUUGCUUCUGUUAGCUGCCAUGGCCUUCACCAUCCUCAGAGGCUUGGUGGCUCUGGACUCUCCACUAGAAGCCUGUUCUAUCUACCUGAGGCACUAUGAGCCAUACCUGAAGGAUCCUGUGGGCUACCCUAGGGUUAUGAUGCUGCACUUGUUCUUCUAUGGACUACCUCUGUUGGGUGCAUUUGUGUAUGGGCUCCUCAAGCCUGGGUGCACAUGGAUGUCAGACUGGACUAUGUUCUUCGCUGGAGCUGUUAUCCAGUGCCAGUGGGCCCACAUCGGGGGGUCUCUCCACCCUCGUACUACAGCUUCGUUUCGUAUUCCAAAUGAUGCUUUCUGGUCUGUGCUGGCAGCUAACUUGCUUUAUGCAGCCACUCCCAUCCUGGUGGCCUUCCGGGUUCACAGUAACCCCUAUUUCUUCUUGAAGAUCGCUCCUUUUCCUGGGCAGACAGGAUUGCCAAACAGCGAGGAGAAAGAUACCAAGUACAAAGACAAAUAAUUAAAGAAUCCUUAACCUUGUCUUCCCUUUUAGUUCUAGUUAAUUGCUUGAUGAUUCAUGAAAAUCUGUUUUAUUUCAAAUGCCAUAUUUCGAAAUGCCAUAAUACAAGAUUA